CAAAAGGGCAAAUUCUUAAGUACGCCACUCUAAUCUUCUGAACCCAAGUCCAGCCAAAGCUUGGCGGAAUCUCCGCUAAAUACAGCAGGGUUUUCUCCAAUUGCAAUUUCAAAAUUUUACGUUAUUUAUUAUUAUUUUUUAAAAAUCGUUUAUAUUUGAAACAAAGCUAUUCUACUCACAGUUUCUCCAUCCCACUCUCUGAAUCAGUGUCUGUUCGGUCCCUAUAGAAAAAAAUCCCAAUUUGAAUUAGGGUUUUCUGCAAACAGAGAAUCAACAUGAAAGCUUCCGUCAAGUUCCGUGACGAUAAGAAGCCUUUGUUCAGAGCCAAAGUCCCUCUUAACAUCUUGGGUAUGCCCUUUCAAUCCGGCAUCGUCGCCGGCGAAUCCAAGGAGCUCACUCUAAAUCUCGGCACAUUCUUUGCUUCGGGGCCGUCAAUCAGGAUUGCGUAUCGUCCCAAUGAUAGAUGGAAUCCCUUUUCCUUCAUCGUCAAGACCGGAACCGGACCGUUCGGUUCUCCCACCUCGACCUCCAUGCUUAUGAGCGCUGAAUUCAAUCUGCUCAGCCGUGGAAACCCCACUUUCAUGCUUCACUUCAAACCCCAAUUCGGCGAUUUCACAAUCAAGAAGUCGCAGACUUCUAAUCUGGACAAGUUAGUGAGGUAUCAACACGGUGCCGUACCGGAGAACAAUGGUUCGGUUGAGGUGGGUGAGACGCCGGAGGCUUACAGCGCGUUAACCGGGAAGAAAAUUUCGAUCUUACCGGCGGAGAAUCCGAGCGGUGGUGCUAUUGCUGGUCUUUUCGCCGGAACAGAAGUGGAGGCGAGAACAGCCGUGCCGGUGAGAGGCCACGCCGUGUUGAAUUUCCGUUGGGGCGUUAGGGUUCCGUCGGAGCUGAAGAGUGGCGGCAAUCCGAUGAAUAGUAUUGCGUUCCAGAAAAUCCCUUUCUUGGUUAUGAACAAGAUCGGGAUCGAACACGUGUACAGCGAAGAUCCCAAGUCGGCCACCGCCACGGUGGGCCCGCAGUCGGCUCUAACUUUCCCGGGGAAUGCUGAUGUGGCAGAGGUUUGUUUUUCGCUUAAGCGUCAAAUGGAGAUAUUGCAAGACGACAAUAGGCUUCUGAGAAAAUCAGUGGAUGAUCUCCGGCAACAAAUGGCCGGCGGCGUUAGGUCAAAUUCUCCGGCUAGAAAUUCCGAUUUCGGUAAGUACCGUGAUUAUGAUCGAAAUGGAAGUAAAAACCCACCAAGCAGUAAAUAUGAUCGACGAAACAAUGAGAAAUCUGGCGACUUUAGCGGGUUUUCGGCUAAAUCAACUGAAGGAGAUGUGAGCGAGGAAUUGAAGAAGGCGUUGAAGUGAGCUUAAAAUGCGUCGAGAUUGCUGUAGAUUUUUUUAUGAUAUCGGAAACUGUUUUUUUUUUUUUUUUUUUUUUUUUGUUUAGUAUUUGUAUUUCAAUUUUGAGUGUUUUUCUUUUAAUAAAAUCGAUGUUUAUUUUUAAA